AAUUAAAUUAGAAUAUUACGAUUUUGCAGUAAAUUGUAUAUAUAAAUGUUUUAUAAUAAUGACAUUUAAACCAUGUGUAGAGACCUCUUUGUGAUAAUAUCUUUGCAAAACAGUAGAACUUUAAUAUUUGCAUUGUGGAAUAUAUUUUACAUACAUUCAUGAAUCAAAAACAGUUGAAGGAAAGUGUUAAUAAAUCGUGCACGUUGUUCAGCGGAUAUCCAGCUAGGAAUGUUAACUCCUGCAAUGAAAUAUUAAGUAGUUAGUUGCUUGGAUACUGGCCAUGUGUUCCAAUUGUGACACGAACGAUAUUUUAACGUGACAUCCGUAGAUUAUUUAAUUUAGUUGUGGAGCAAAAAAUUGAGUUAAUGACUUACUAAUUAAUGUGUGUGCAAGAUGGACCACGUAAUUUAAUAUCAGGUGUACACCAAGGAAACAUUUACAACAGACAAGCUUAGUUCCCCUUUGAAGGUCGUGACGUCAGAACCGCCGUAACUACGUAACGAUGGUGCUGUCUGGACAUCGUGAUGCCUACUACAAUGCCUUCAGUGACGUCACAUCCGGAGUCUGACCAAAACCGGACGUGGACAAUCAACCGGAAGCAGCUAAGGGCCGUCUUCGCUCUCUGCGACCCUGAAGGUACUGGGUUUGUGUCUCUGGAACACAUUCUACAGCUGGGACGCGCACACUGCAGCGGAAGUGACUCCAAGGAUGUGGAGAGAGUGCUGCGUCAACUGGACCCGGAGCGCAGGGGCGUGCUCGGUUACCCGGAUUUCUGUCGAGGCGUUUUCUCGAUACUCCGGCCACAGCAUCAGCAGCGAAGACAUGUUGGGAACGAGACAAUGAUGGCGCCCAGCGUGUACCAACCGCAGCAGCAGGAGGAGCUAAUGGCUCCCAACGGAGAACAACUACAGUCGCCACUAACGCCACCUAGCUUCGUGCUGACAUCUAGUAGCAGAGAAGCGGAAUCUCCGGGCAGUCCUCAUAGUCUUAUUAUGGCUGAUGAUGUGGAUUCAGCUCUUGGAGGCAGUGCCUCGCCGGACAUAAAUGGGAAAAGCAGUCAGUGCUCCAGCAUGUCCGACGGCGAGAAUUACGAGUGUUAUGGCGAGGGAGUGGAACUGGACAUGGAAAAUACGACGCCCAGCAUCGGGGACGGUGCCGGCAGUGGGUGCCGCAGUCCGACGUCGAACCUCGGCCUGACACGUAACACUUGGCUUCGAACCAGCCUGAGGAGGACCAGGUACCAGAGCCGAUCUGGGAGUGUUGGCAAAGGGAAGAAUCCUAUCCUUGUCGGGACGACCUUACACAAUGAACCGUCUUGCCUCAUAACACCAGAUUAACUCUUUAGAGCACUGUGGUAACAUAUAUAUAUGUAGAAUACCAGCGACUUCAACAUUAAAUAAUUCAGCAUCUUGCCGACAGAGCGUAUUUAUGGGUUUUGUACGAUUCUCAGAAUAAAGAGCUAUUAUUUCCUUAGACAGCAUUAACCAAUUGAUAUUUGUAGUGGAGACGCGUUAGGUUUUCUUUCUGGUACGAACUACGUUUUUAAUAUCAUUUAGUUGAGGGUUUCGUUGUUCAGAAGUUUAAGGUAUAACGUAUAAUUCAAAAUUAUUAAUUAUUAAUUUGAUCGCAUAGUUUACCUCAAAUGCGAUAGCAAGAACCCGAAUAUUUCAGUAAAGCAAUUGGCUAUGGGCAAGAGUUUUCUAUCUGCCACCGCAUCGGGACUAGCUCUAGGGCCUAUACAGUGGGCAUUAAGAGCUUUCUUCGACGCUAAUGGAGCUGGAGCGUGAAGCUGACCAUCAGUUCCAUCUGGUGUCAAGAAUUAGUGCCUGGAACUGUACCUCCUGGCGUGUUCACUUUCAGGAAUUGCUUUACGUGUAAGUGAAGCAAAAAUCGUGCGUGAGUACGGACAACUUUUGCUCGGACCUGCUUGUCUGUGUUCAUGUGCUAAUGCCCUCUGUACAAAAUAGAAUAAUAAUGUGGUAAUGUUGUGGAGAAUGCUUAUGGACGUAGAGUCUGUGCAUGAUUAGUUGCGGAGUUGAAUAAAUAAUGUGGGCAGUGUAAAAAUAUGUGUAUGAGCAUACAGUGAGCUUGUUGCCUAGUAGACUUCGUUAAGUCGUUGGUAUAUAUAAAUAACAUUUCUGGAUUCGUGAUUGGAUGAGUCCAAGUUUGUUCAGAGCUGCGGAGUGCUUUGCUAUUCAUUGUCACUGAACCUGAUAUUCUUGUCUGUUUGCAUGUUGACGUGCCAAGUGAAUCUUUUUCUGAGAAUGUGAAACAGAAAAAAUAUUUUUUCUUAUAAAACACGUACUUAUAUCAUAUUAAUGUUUUAAUUAUAGAUUUCUACUUAGUUCAAAUUAUUUUAAGGUAUAUGAUCUGAAUAAUUCUUGAUGAUUUCUAUCUUCUGGGUUGUUGCGCUGUGUAGUCUGGUCGAUGUUUACCAACGUUUCGGAGGUCAUACUGCCUCCGUCACCAGGGCGAUUCAGCGCAACAACCCAGAAGACAGAAAUCUUCAUACUCACCGCUGUGAAAACCUCAAAUCAUACAUGAAUAAUUCUUGUGUUUAAAGUUAGUUAUGGCUUGUCCUUCUUUAUUUUAUCGUCCGUGUUGUUUGCAUAUGUAGUAUUUGUAUGUAGACGUGUUUUGUGGGCAAACAAUGUUUGUUGUAUGGUAUAAGAUCUCAGAGAUAAAUUACUUGUUUAAUGCGGUUUAGUGUCGCGUAUUUGAGUUAAUUUCACUAUAGAAAGGGAUAUAUAGAUGAAUUUUCAGUUAAAUGGGCUCUUAAAGAUCUGAAAGAGGGAUGUUUGUUUUAUACUAAAGUGUAAAUGUGAAAGGAGAAGAAAAAAAUAAUGUUUUUACGAUGUGGACUAGACGUUUAAAAUCAUAUUAACACGGAAGUUAUUUUCUGAAUCAUGCUUAGAAAAUAACUGCAGAGAAGCAGCCCUGAUUAUUUCUUAUAGUAGGAACACAUUAGGAUAUGAUCUCAAAAAUGUUGAUUAUAUUAUUUUAACAAAUAUUGUAAUAUAUCUUACAUGGAUGCAAUUGUAAGCAAAUUCAUUCCUUUAAAUCUGUGCCGUCUGAGAGAGCGUUUGCGUUGAUAAUUCUUGUAAACACGCUGACGCGAACGUCGAACGCUUUUAGUAAUUUUUAGUCUUUACAUUCGAAUUGCUUGCACAGAAACUCCAACUGUUGUUUGACCAACGAAGAGCCGCCACUGACGUGACGUACACAGGGCAUUAUUGCUUAUUGUUUCUG